GUAAUUAUUAAACGUCUCACGACCGACAUUUAUUGUUGAACACAGAACCAUUAUUUAAUAGCUAUUCAUUGGUACUCCAUAUGAAAGGAAAGGCACCAUGGAUGCUUCUGAAUUGAUUUUGAACCUCGUGCAGAAAGCUGCGAUUAAAACGGCAGUUAAGGAAAAGAAUUUAAGCGACUGCGAACUUUUUUCCAAUCGUGAGGAUAGUUCAUCUUCCGGUCAACAUGUAAUGAAGAAAAAUUCCUUUUCCGGUGGUGUAUCCGAAAAAUCGUGCGGGGAUUGUAAAAAGGAAAAACCUGACGAAGGGAUGUUCAAGGUUUCCUUGACGACGAACGAUGAAGAUUUGGAGAACGAUAAGGAGAACGUGUCAAGGAAGAAGAUACGCGUGGAGGCGAGGCAGAUUUGCAGCAAUCGCGAAAAUAGCAACGAGGAGAAAAUCUUCGUGCUGCAGCAACUCGGUCGAUCGCAGAUACGUCCAGAAGGAUUCCCGGCAUUUCUAUGCAUCGACGGGAGGAUUGCCAGUUCAAAUGGAGUUAAACGAAAAAUCCCACGACCAGCUAACGCUUUUAUGCUGUUCGCCAACGAAUGGCGUAAAAAGCUCGCUGCGGAGAAUCCUCGGGAGUCUAAUAAGGACAUUAGCGUUAGGCUAGUUUCCCUACAUCCAGUUUUACAUUUGCAUCUAGUAAUGGAACAAGUUCUUUUGUAUGAAACAUUUUUUCUUCUUCAUUAAUACACUUGCUUAUUUAAACAUUUUAACAUUUUUAAUAAUUUAAAAACACAAAGUAUACUGUAAAUUAGAACAUUUUAUAUCGUGCAGAUUAGGCAUCCUUUGGAAGAACAUGGCGAAAGACGUGAAGGAAAAAUACUUUGCCCUGGCCCGGGAAGUGGACGCGGAGCAUAAGAGGAAGUAUCCCGGUACGCUUUAUACCUAUAGUCUCUUUUCAAACCAAUAUGACCUCGUUUUCGCGUUUGUAGCGGCUCGUCGAAGUUUAUCGAUACGACUGAAUGUUCGUGCCCCGCGUUCGGUAGGUACAUGAUAGUUCCUUGUAUCCUUACAAGCACGAAAAGAAAGGGUAACAUCAAGGGUAAACUUAUCUAUGAAAUGAGGUAGAUGCAUGCGCCAUACAAAAUCAGGUCUGAUGAUAAACUUGCUAAAUAUUUCUAAAUCCUACAAAAGAAAAAAAGAAAAAACUAAAUCUGUCCUAAAUUUUCCAAUCAAUUUUUGACGUUCCACUUUUCUUAAAAGCUUCCUUUUUGCCAUAAACCUUCAAUUUAUUUUUAUUUUCAGCAUCAACCGAGUUCCAUAUUUUUCCAAGCUUUCCUGGUAAUUUUGGCUCGUCCAAUAUUUUCCGCGAAAAAAGAUCGCGCUGGGUUUGUAAAGAGAGAAAAUACGAAGCUGCGAAUGUGUUAAUGAUCGACGUUAAGUAUUUAAGGAGUUGGCACUGAUUUUGCAGUGGGGGACCGCGUGCAGCUAGGCCGCGGAGGACAUUUAGUCGCGUGAAUGCUCAGUAACGCGAGAUAUGUGAGGAAUAAUCGCGCUUGUCGGUGGGUGUAGGUAGUAGGUAGGUAGGUAGAGCGCGGUCGUGUAUCGGGCAGGUUCCUAGAGUCGCGUCGCAAUCAAUACCUCCGGUCUCUACUGUUCCCUCCCGCCCGUUCCCCGUCACUCACCCGAGAAUAUUUCUCCGCCUGCCACCCUGUGCCCUGUACCUCGACCCGCAAAACUCGUAUCGCUCUGCUAUCCCACCCACAAAUCGACGAGCUAUAAUCGCAUUUUAGCUCCCCCGCGAUCGUUCGCUCUCCUCUCUGCUGGCUAAUCACAGUAUUCAGGACGAAAAAGUGCAAGAGCGCAUAUACGUUCGUUCAUCAUGAGGACGAUAACUUGUAGGAAGAAUAAAAAUCGGACGAAUUAUUGCCUAUGGCUUAAAUAUUUUGACAGAAACAGAAUUUUGAAAUAUUCAGAGACAACUCAUUUUCUUUUAUCUAUUUACAUUAAAAACGUAGCUUUUUAAAAUAGCAAAAGUUGCGCUUUUUUAAAGAUAUAUCGUUUCUUAUAAUUGUUUAGAUUAUGGAUGAUUUAUAUUGAUAUUCCCAUACUUUGUAAAGUCCAAAUUUGUACCCAUUUAUUUUAAUUUUGGUAACAUGGUAUCGAAAUCAAUUGAUUCAGUCUAACUAUUGAUCAUUGAUUAUGCUGUUUCUACGAUUCAGUGCAUUGGUAUCAGUUUAGUUGCACGAAUUGAGUGACAUUAGAUCGGCUUCGUAGGUACCACAGGAUACGAGAGCGUGCAUAUUCAACUAUUGUAACUGUUUUAAUUAAUAAUCCAUAAAUGCUGUAGAUGAACCAAUACACUGGGCGCAAAUAGUAAUUGCAUAUUAGACAGAUCGAUCGUUUGAACCGAUACCCGUUUUACUCCUAACAUAAUCGCAUUCUCUUUCCCAUUGUCGUAAAUCCACCGCAGAAAUUAAAAUUCAACGAUUGAAUGAGAACUCUUCUUGUGAAUAAAUGCAAGUUCCAAUAGCGUUAUAUAUAUAUAAAAAAAAAAAUUAAAGUUUAAGCCUCUCCAUAGCAUGUGAGAAGAAAUGCCUCAACACGUGAAGUGUAACGACUAUACGUACAAUUGAACAAUUGAAAAAUAAAAUUUACAAACCACAAGAAAACGAUCAAAGAAGAGUUUUAAAUUAUUCAAUUGCAUAUUAAGGUAUGAAAAAUGUCUAUCUUCAAACAAAAAAUUUAAUAUGUAUACAUAAUAUUUUCUAUUCUAUCUAUAUUAUCUUCCGUUUAAUACUCCAAUUCUAUCUAAAAAAUAUUUCACAAACAAAGUUUUUAUACUAUAAAAAUUGUAAAAGAUCUCGAUAUUAAAAAUUUCUACUCUUUUCAGAAUCGAAAUUUAACGUGGAAAUCCCAGGCAUCAGGACUGGUGAUCAAAUCAAAGAGAAAAGAGGAUCAGGCGUUCUCAGUAAAGGUUCUGCUAACGAUAGCCAGCUGCAGCUUGAAAACGCCGAAGGGGUGCAAAGAAGGCUAAAUUCACCGCUAAACGGUAGUCGCGCAAUCGACGGCGGGCCAACGCGUAGCGAACAAGCCGAGUGGUCAAUUAAGAUCACCGGAAAGUGUCGAUAUGUUCUGCGCGAGCGUCCGAGGACGCGGGCAAGCGGACUAGCGUGCAUCUGCGCGACUGCAUCGUACGCGUGACAAGGAAAAAGAGGGGUGACGCACGGUCGCUCCAAGGGAAGCCGUCAAAAUGUCGAGGCUUGUGCAUCCAGCGGGCAUAUCGAGCCAAAGACACGCGGGGGAGGAGUGUCCCCCCUCUCUCUCUUUCUCUCUUCUCUCUGUGUGUAGUGUGUAACGAUCGUCGGUCAUCGAUCCGCCAUAGCAUCGACGCGAUGCUCGGUUGCUCGAGAAAACGAGAGCCUCCCGUCGUUGUGAACGUCACGCGAAUUUUCCUUGAAAAGUACGCUUAGGAUCGAUCAAAUGGUGUCUGUCUUAUGUUUGAUUAUGGCUGGAAUUUUACAAUUAAUGACUAGACAGCAGUCAACGAUGAAAGUAGACUGAAUUAAAAUUUAUGCUUUUAACAGAUUAACUCCAUCGAGUCUAAUCAUUAUUUUUUAAAUCGUAUAUUCUAAUACUAAAAUUGGAAAUUUUAGAAAGCGAAAUUGAUCAGUUUAGUUUUUCAGCGGUUAAUAUAAAAUAAGUUAGGAUAGUUAUGAUCUAAGAGGAGGAUAGGACGUGAAUAAGAAUUCUGAGAUUUAGGAAGAGAUUAUUGCGGCAGAAUUUGUAGGGUGACUUCGUAAAGCUUCUCCCAAAACUGUUUGGUAUAUAACUCCCAAAGAGUACAAUAAGUGCUCGUAUAGCGCGAUAAAAAAAUUACCGCAGACCCCGUAUAACAAGGAGGAAGAAUUGCUGCAGUUCUCGUAACGGGGUAGAUAAAUUUCAAAAUGCAGCAAAAUGCAGGGAUCUCCACUUGUGCACGAAUUCUCCGGUGGUUAAGUAUUUUAUAAUAAAAAAUUCCACACUCCAUAAAAAGGUACUCUAUUUUCCAUUUCUAAUAACUUUUUAAAUUCCAGCUUAUGAAUUGUAAAUAUGUCGUCAGUAUUUUUCGAACGAAGAAAGAAGAACCAAACAAAAUCUGCAUUUUAAAGAUACCAUAUCCAUUUGACAAAUAGUGCAUCCGUGGAAUUACGUUUCAAUCUAAAAAAAAAAAAAAAAAAAAAAAAAAAAAGAAGAAGAGAAAGGAAAAA